GCAUCUUUUUUUCUCCUGUUUUCACAAUGCUAAACAGCUUUCAGGUUGGUCUCUGCAUCACAUCUGCACCAAUUAUAACAGCAUAUGCCGCAAGUUUCCCAAAGACAUGAAGGCCAUGUCUCCAGACAACCAGAGGCACUUUGAAAAGCAGCGCUGGCCUCCAGUGUGGUUCCUGAAGGAGGAGGACCGAUACCUUCGCUCUCAGAAGGAGCGCGAACAAGAGGAGGAGACCUUGCGCAAGCAGCACACCAAACGGGGUUGGUGUUUCUGGAGACACCUGUCCUCCUCCCCACAUGUAAAAAAGAGGUGUUCUCUGCUGACGCUCAUAUCCCCAGGAAAACCAGCCCUGCUGUGCAGCUGCAUACAAAGGAGAAUCCUCCACCACAGAAAUAAAACCACUUUCUGUGCUUCUUCUGCCUGAAUGUCUGGGUGUCUGUAUGUAUGUGCCUCUUAAUAAUGCUGGUCCACUUCCUGAGUGUGUCUGCGUUUGCCUGUGUUAGAGGCAUGGGUUUAACAUCUUAUUUGUGACUGUUUGACUGAUGCUUCUGAGUUUAGUGCUUCCCAGAUCUUCGCCCUAUGAUCUGUGAGGGUAUGUGUCAUUGCAAUGCAGCCCCCCAGUCCGAAAACGAAAGCUCUGUCUCUUCACCAGCACUCGCAGCACCCCAGCCUAUGAGUGUUUGGACUGGGAGCAAGGGCUCUCUAUCUCUCUGUCUCCACCCUUCACAUUGACCUUAAUGGCUAAUACAUGCUCCUCUAAGAAGGAGGCCCUACCUCUGCCUUCACUUUUACACAGACUGUUAGACUAACUCUUAUGUAACUCUUACGUAAGUCCAACCUCUCUUUAAACCAGCUCUGGACUUCCAGGAGUUUUCCUUUAUCUUAU